AGCGGAAAUGACGCCAUGCCGCGCGACCUUAGGAUGAUUAUAUUGUUCUGAAGUGCACUAGAGGUGGGUGCGCGCAUCCGCCGCAGUCUGUAAAAUCGUUUUAUUGGUCCUCAGAGGAUGGUGCUGUCGCGUUGCGUUCAUACAUGAAGCUCGUAGAGGUCGUUUCCCUGCCGGUUUUUAAAACCUCGCGUCCAUGAGCGACUGCUGACCCGGUUUCUGCGCUCGCGCUCCGUUACCGGCGGGACGCGCACGAGCUCCUGUGGCUCACCGUGAUUUGAGUUCUUUUAUGUUUUAUUCACGGUUUAAGUCUCCGCGCAGAUGCGCUGUUUUAAUUAGUUCAGGUGAGUUUAUGCUGGGUUAGGUUAGUGAGUUAUUCAGGAUUAGUUAGUUCAGGUUUAAAUCUCAGCGCACGUGAGUUGGGUUUGGGUUAGUGAGGAUUGAGUUUUAAUGUUGGUCAGGUUUAGUUUGGUAUGGGUAUGUUGGGUUAGGGGUCGGGUUGAGCCAGUUCAGCACAGGUCUGUUGGGUUUGGUUCAGUUUGAUUUGACAGGUGUGUUGAGUUACAGAUAGUUCAUCUGUCAGCUAGGUUUAGUUCAGUUUGAUAUCACAGGUGUUUGGUCAAAUUUAGGUUGGAAGUCAUAUAUGUGUUGUUUUAAGGCAAGUUUGGUUCGCGUGUGUUGUGUUUAGAUAGUUGUCAGUGAAAUCACAGGUUUAGGUCAGGUUUAGUUAAGCUCUGCCGUGAUGGCUAAAGGCGAGUGGAAGAGGUCGGGUGCUGAUGAUCUCCCGUUAACCGACCGGUCCGAGUGUGAAGUGUUCGAUGAUGGAACCAAUACAUUCUUCUGGAGGGCACAUACUCUGACAGUGCUGUUCAUCCUGACAUGUGCUCUAGUUUAUGUGACACUAUUGGAGGAAACACCACAUGACACUGCGUACAACACUAAAAGAGGAAUUGUGGCCAGUAUUCUGGUGUUCCUUUGUUUCGGAGUAACGCAAGCUAAAGAUGGUCCCUUCACACGUCCUCACCCAGCGUACUGGCGUUUCUGGCUGUGCGUUUCUGUUGUGUAUGAACUCUUCCUCAUCUUCAUCCUGUUUCAGACAGUGCAUGACGGCAGGCAGUUUAUGAAGUACAUUGACCCUAAACUGGGUGUCCCUCUUCCUGAAAGAGAUUAUGGUGGAAACUGUCUCAUUUAUGACCCUGGUCACCCUGCUGACCCCUUCCACAAUAUCUGGGACAAAAUGGAUGGAUUUGUUCCUGCCCAUUUUCUUGGCUGGUACAUUAAGACACUGAUGAUCAGGGACUGGUGGAUGUGUAUGAUCAUCAGCGUGAUGUUUGAGUUCCUGGAGUACAGUCUUGAACACCAGCUGCCCAACUUCUCCGAGUGCUGGUGGGACCAUUGGAUCAUGGAUGUGUUGAUGUGUAACAGUUUGGGCAUUUACUGUGGCAUGAAGACUCUCGGUUGGCUUUCCAUGAAACCCUAUCAGUGGCAGGGAUUGUGGAACAUCCCAACAUACAAGGGGAAAAUUAAGCGUAUUGCCUUCCAGUUUACCCCGUACAGCUGGGUGAAGUUUGAAUGGCGUCCCGCAUCUAAUCUGCGAAGAUGGCUGGCGGUGCUUGGUAUUAUUUUCAUGUUCUUGUUGGCAGAGCUGAAUACAUUUUAUCUGAAGUUUGUGUUGUGGAUGCCUCCUGAACAUUAUCUGGUGCUUGUGCGGCUCAUCUUCUUUGUGAACGUGGGUGGAGUGGCAAUGCGAGAGAUCUACGACUUCAUGGAUGAUCCGAAAUUCUAUAAAAAGCUGGGCCAGCAAGCAUGGAUUGUGGCGACCAUUACUGUUACGGAGUUUCUGAUCGUGGUCAAAUACGAUCCGAACACCAUUAUGCUGCCAAUUCCCUUCUUCGUCACACAGUGCUGGACACUCGGAAUCGUCCUCAUCUUCUUUUGGACCUUGUGGCGGUUCUUCAUCCGUGACAUCACACUCCGAUACAAAGAAACACACCAGCGCAGACAGGAAGGGUCUUCGGAGCAGGACAGAGUCCCUGGACACGCCGACGGCAGCAAUUUGGCCACAUCAGGCCGUAGUAAACUAAACGGCAGUAUGGACACGGUCCGACACAGGAAGUCAUGAAUCCAUCCUUCCACACACAAAUAGCCAUGCGCUGCACAUCGCAGCUGGACACACGUUUGUGUUUAUAAUCUUGUACAGAUCAUGCCAACGCUCAUGGUGUCUGUCUAGCAGCAUCCAGACAGGUGAUGUCAUCAUUUUCUCUACUCACAGAGAGGGUUGUUGUAUAUUUUAGGAAAAAUGUGUCUUUGUAGCUGUUACAUAGGUGAGGCGUUUAGGUUUUGGGGGUCCACUUUCCCUCUGGUUUUGGAUUUAGUGAUCGGUGCUAUGCAGGAAAAAACAUUUCGAUGCAGAACACUAUGCAGUGAACUAACAGAGGAAGUGCACAUACAGCCAUUUAUGAAUAAAACCGUUAUUUUUAAGUUACAUUUAGCAGGUAGGAGCACAGGAAAUAGUUCCCAAACAUCCUGCAUGAACUAUAACAACACAAU